CGAAACAGAAAACAGCCCACUAUUUAAAAUUAUGAAGAUUCCAGCUUGAAUACGGCGAAUCCAGCUCAUCAGUUAUCAGCCCCCAAAACGAUAAAAUCUUUCGUCUCUCCGACAUCCAGCGGCUAAACCAUCAAAGGAGCAUUCUUUUUCUGCCUUUAGCUUCAUAAGUUCUAAGCUCGCAAUCUAAAGACUCUUUAUUUAUUUGUUUGUAAUAUCGUUACCGAGUGAAGCUGAUCAAAUUUAGGACUUUGGAGGGUUUUGGUAGGCAUCAAGAAGCAUGGUGAGAUUAAUGAGGAGUUGCGUACAAUCGAUGCUGAAAUUACUGAAUUCUGUCAUAGGAAUGGUUGGGUUGGGGAUGAUAUUGUAUGCAGUUUGGCUCAUUAGGGUUUGGCAGAAGGAAACGGGGGACUUACCAUUUGAUGAUUCUGAUCGUCUGGCUCCCUGGUUUAUUUAUACUUUCCUCGGCCUCGGGGUUAUUUUAUGUGUUAUUACAUGCAUAGGUCAUGUUGCUGCUGAAACUGCAAACGGUUGUUGCCUUUAUUUAUAUAUGUUGUUUGUCUUCUUGCUCUUAAUGCUGGAAGCUGGGGUGACUGCUGAUGUUUUUCUAAACCGUGACUGGGAUGAGUACUUUCCAAAGGAUCCAACAGGGAGUUUUAGUCAGUUCAAGGAUUUCGUCAAGUCAAACUUUGAGAUAUGCAAAUGGAUAGGCUUGUCAAUUGUAUCUGUGCAGGGACUGUCUUUCUUACUAGCAUUGAUACUCAAAGCUUUUGGACCACAUCAGUAUUAUGAUAGUGAUGAUGAAUAUAUUCCGGAGAGGGUUCCACUCAUAAAUAAUGCUAUUCUCCCACCUCCUUAUGUUGUUGGUAACCCUGUUGUUGGAUCCAAAAGCGGAGCUUGGACUAUAAACAUCAGAGAAAAGGCCAACAGGUAACUGUAUUUCCCCGAGAUCUAGGCUGGAUACUUCAAAAGAUGGGAACUGAAGACUCAGAAGAAGCAUGUAAUAUUUUAUGUGUAAGAGCUUAUGAAUGUCUGAAGGUUGAAAAUAGAAAAGCAUACAACUAUUGUACUAUUGGUGAAUAUAGCUGUCUGUACAUGUGUGAUUCCUUUCAUUACCUGUAUUCAAAAACUAAUGACACCAUCUUCAUUUCAUAUAAUUAACUUUUGUUUUUCUUUUAAA